UAUUAUAGCCUCAUAUUGAUAAUAACUCAAUCACAAAGAAAUUAGGUAUUCGGAUGUAUUCCUCAUUGUUAAUCGCCGCGAUCUUUCAUAAAUAUUACUGCAAACAAGUCUAAGAUUUCAUGUUGAAAAUUCAUGGCUUCACCAUCAGAAAACAACGCGCGCGGAUCUGGAAAGAAAAAAAAAUUAACUCGUCUCGGUUCGUUCAGCACUCAAGAGGUUUUUCAUGCUUGGGCACAUGACUCUCUUUUAAAACCGAAGACUAUUGAAGCCUUGGUUGAAAUACAUCAAAUCGAUUCUUUGCCUGCGGUCUUAGCGUUACGUAGCAGGGAUAUUGCAAACCUAGGUUUACCAAUCGGUCAAGCAAGGCUCUUCCAAGAAGCGGUCAUAAAACUUCAUGCAGAAUACACAUAUGAAGAAGCACCGUCUCCGGCAAGAAGAGUUGAUGUGGAGGUUCCAACGUAUAAAAGCAUGUUAAGUGAUGUCGAAUCACCUGUUGAACGCGGUAAUAGACACGGGGAUUAUUUUAGAUUUAAUAACUUUGAGAUAUCUGAAGAAAUGGGAGUAGAACUUGGCGAAACGUUUUGUGGUGGUGACAAAAAGUUGCUUCAGGAUGAACAUGCCGAAGGUGACGAUGACGACGAAACACAGUCCGGUUGUGCUUGUCAACGAUGGCUUUUCAUUAGCAUUUUUAUGCCUCUUAUAUUAGUUCUAUCUAUUGUUGGUUGUAUUGGUUGGCUGCUGCUAUGGCCAAUCAAAAAACUGUGUCCUGUCGGCAAGACAUUUUCCAAAAUAUUCAACGCAAUAGAAAACCUUAUGAAACUUCCUGUGAUAUCCAUCUACUGGGCAUUAGGAAAAAGACGUGAUCAUGAGAUAGAUCCUGAUCAAGAAUCAGACGCCAGAAGAAGUUAUGGUGGAGUGGAUAGUCUGCCUAUGCAUGAUGUAGACAAGACAAACAGAUGACUGGUUAUACUGUCAAAUAUAUUUAGUUUUAAGUAUGGUAGGAAUGGAUAUUAUAAACUACAAUAUGGUGGAUAUUGUUGUUCAAAUAAUGGAUUCGUUUGAGUAAGAACGGAUAAUUUAGUGAUAAAGUUCGGAAUUAUGCGUUCAAUAUCAAAACGCAUUCUACUGAUUCUAUAUUAAGGUGGGUAGUGCAGUCAGGUGAUCGAAGUCGGUCAUCUAAUUCUUACACAAACUGGAAAAGAAAACACUGGGUGUGAAAAAAACGAUAUAAAACAGUUCUUUACGUAAUUUUUAUAACUUAAACUACACUAACUUUCACUCUUAGUUAUUCCUAAAAAUUCUCUGAGAGCACCUUGUGGUAUGCAUAAUUCUUCUAACCCUGAGCUCGAGCCAAAAAAUUAAGCCAGCCGCACACGACGCGAUUUUUGGCGUACGAUUUUAGUCGGCAAAUAUCAAACUGUUUUGAUAUAGCUAUUCCGAUUGCAGUCUGCCGACUAAAAUCGGAUUAAAAUCGCACACGCAAGCUUAGCCAACUAAAAUCAUCGAAUCUUUCGACGACGACAGACAUCUGCAUCAUCUUUAUACCUCUGCAUAAUCUGCAUGACUUGUAAUUAUUUUUCACCGCUGACCCACAUAUGAACACACGGUACGCUCGAAAUACCCAUAAGGCCAUUCGAGUCUAAAUCAGUCUCUUCUAUUAUAAAAUUUGGAAAAUCUUUGCUCGUAUUUUUUUGUUU